CACGCCAUGCGGCCGAGUCCGUCGGCCACCUGGACUCCACUGCUUCGGAAACGAGAGCGCCGGGGAAACGGAGGAAAGGGAGCCGUGGCGCGUGAUGGACGUUUCGCAGCGCUACCUGGCUUGCGUGUUCGGAACCUGCGGAACCGCAUGCGCUUUCUGCACACGGGUACAGCCUGGCUCCGGAAUAGGCGUGUCUCUGCGUUCCGUCGAGUACUCACCCUUUCUGGUGGGCGUCGAGUGGCGGCGCGUGCUGACCUUCUCGUCGCUAGCGGCGACACUGCGCAGGCGCCACUCUGCGCACCGUUACCGCAUCGGCGUCACCACCUGCUGGUCGUGGAAAGAAGAGUCUUGCACUCUACAAUGCGGACCCGAGGAACCCGUCACUCUGUCGGGACCCGCGGGCUCGUUCAGCGUUCCGGCCGACCUUUACAGCGGCAGUGUUCAGCUGCGGGUGCGAGGCUUGGGCCGGGACCGCCCGGGUGCUGCCGUCUUUCGGGCGCAUUUCCGCAGAAAGGAACUCGAGCCCAGCAGACCGUGCGAUGUCACCGUGAGAACCUUGGGCUGGUCCGUCGUGCGACUCAGCUGGAAGGCCCGACCACAUGCACAGCUGGACGGCUUCGAGGUGCACUGGUGCAGAGCAGACAGCGCGCUUCCGCGGGGCUGCUCCGAUCUACACCUUCCGCGCAACGUCUCCUCCGUGGUUCUCAUGGGACUCGUGCCGUUCAUCAGGUACAAGUACAGCUUGCGUUCUUUUCGGGGCGACCCAAACAGCUCGGACGUACUUUUUAGCAUGCCUACCACGGCCACGCGCAGAGACCGUCUCAGCUUUGAGCUGUUCCUGUACACGGAGAUGCUGGUGGUGUUCUUGCUGGCUGGAGCGUUGACCCUGGUGGCACUGCUAACAAUUGGAUUCAUCCUGAUGCGUGCCUUGGGCCUGACGACCUUCCUCGACGUGGAGCCCAACGAGAUGGCAGCGGGCCCGGGCGGUGCGCGCGAAAGCCAAGCGCAGGGCGACCACAGACGCCACGUUCCUGGCGUCGCCAGGAGACGGCGUGCGGCCGCAGCUGCCGCUCUCCCCAGGGUUCGGUCACGGGGUGACAGCUGACAACCACCGGACGCCCUGGUAACACCGCGCUAACAUCGCGCAUCAUCUGCUGCGGCAGCUACAGAGACGAGCCUCUCGAGUAAUGGACAGAUAUUUCGACGGUGCAAGUGGACGAGUGCUGCGACGCAAAUGCUUCCCGUCGGUGAUAUAUUUGGCGUUUCAAUAGGGAAGCUGGGGAAGGGCUAUUCAAGACUGAUCUACGCUUUACGUAAUAGAUUGUACGCGAGAAAAUUUGGCCUGCACGAAAAAGCAAAUUGUUCAUUUCUUUCGAUCUAGAGCCACCGGUCGUAGAUAUUUACAAAACAACGCGCCGUCACUCGAAGACACCAAGUAAGCUAAGGUUUACUGCAGCUUAUACCGCAUCACUUUUUCAUGUUACAGGCAAGACGAUAUUGUUUACAGCACUGGUAUACUUCGGUUAUCUUUAUUUAUAUAACGUACCCUCUUCAUACCAAGAUUAAACGUAAAC